AUGAUGGAAAUGGACAAGAGGACAGAGAGGAAGAUGAUGGAAAUGGACAAGAGGACAGAGAGGAAGACGAUGGAAGUGGACAAUGACAAGAGAGGAGCAAAGGAAAUGAAGAUUCAAACCAAAGGAAGGAUGCCAUCAAAGCAAGCCAUGUGGAUAUGGCAGAACAAGCUCUUCGAAAAGUUUGUGUGUAUCUUUGAGAAACUUUAUGGUGCUACUGAUGUUUCUUUCAAUGUGCAGUUGGAGUGGGUGACAUUACAGCAAAAGGAGGAAAAACUUCAGCCUGUUCUGCACACACUAGGAUCUGCCGAGAUGAUUGAGAAUAUUAAUGUGACGUGUGGACAGAUUGAGACUGCUGUGGGGUUUGUGUACAUGGUAUCAUCUGUGAUACUGAAUCAAACCCAGAAUCCUGAUUGUGAUCAGUCCUGGUACAGUCAGGAUGGUGUUGUGAUAGCAGUUCCAUCAUAUAACAGAUGGGAGGAUCCUGUGACUAAUGUAAGAUCUGACAGAAUCAUCACCGAUCACUGUGUGCAGAAACUUCUUCAUGAGAUCGAUUGUCCCGCUUCAGGGCUCACACACCGGACCACAUACAGAGUGUGGAAUGAAACUACAGAAGCUCUAAACACAGAACUGAAUGAAACUACAGUGACACCAACAGAUCAGCUGUUCUGGAUUUUUGGUGUUUUACCAGUAUUGGUCUACUGCUUGUCUGUUUCAUGCUGCGUAAAAAGAUCCUCCAAGAUCCUGAAGCUGAGAGAUGUGAUUCCACCAGUGCAGGGAUCUGUCGUCACCAAGCGGACAGAGCUCAUGACUUAUGGUGCUGAUGACCGAGUUUGAUUGUAAGCAGAUAAACGGAUAAUCAUGACGUACAGUACUUGACUCUGCAACAUCAUCUCAGGGCUGAAUUCAGAUCAAACACACCACUAUCAUGUGACAAUCUGUUCUUAAUAUCACUGUAAAGUUUGACGCUGCACUUGUGAACUCUUUUGCUGCAUGUUUUCUUAGUAGUAGUUUGUGUUGGGAUGGUUUCAGGUUUUCCAGCAGUAUUAACGGUUAUAUUCAGGUCAGAGUUGGUUAUCUUAUAAGAGAGCACCUGUCUGUUUUAAUCAGGUCAUUUCAUCUGUCAGACAUGACUGAAUGCAGGGAUUGCCCUCUUUAUUUCCAUCUCGAUUUCACUUAGUUCUUAAUUUAAUUCUACUCCAUUUAUUCUGUUUACUCAGUUAUUACACGAUUCCACACAUCCCACAUACACUGUAUGUUUAUUGUGUUUUAUAAAUCAGCGGAUUGGGCAGAAUUCAGUCUUUAUACUCCACCUGCUGGUGUGAAUAUGUCAAUCAGAAUUCAUUGAAUCAAUAAUUUGCACUUAAAAUGAAUAUGUACUGCUCGUUAUGAUGCAUAUUUAUGAUUUAUUAUAGUUUAAUUAGCACAUGAUUUGUACUCAAAAUUGCUGAAAUGAAGAUUUACUGUAAAAUCACUCAAAAAGUACUAAAUAUCCAAAAACUUGAACUUUGCAUAUUUAUAUAUAAUAUAAUGAAACAUAUAUACACUGUCAUUACGAUUACACGAGUGGGAUCAGGACAGGUACAGCAGGGGAACAGAUGUACUGCUCAUAAUCAUCAUUUUGUUUUAGUUUGCAUGAAAUCAUAUCUGUUAUCCAUUAUUUCAUGAAUGCAUGUGACAUUAUUUCGCCACUGGUCUACACCCUAAAUGCAAAGAAUGUUCAUUAAAGAAUCAU